AUGGCUGAAGAGGAGACUCUGGUAUCGCGUAGGUCGAAGAGAAGUACGGCGGGGAACAGGAUGGAGGCAGCCCUCGCUGAGCUUGCCGUCGAGGAAGUCAACGAAGCUGAGGAAGACGUCGACUUUAUUGAUGACAAAGAUGAGGAAGAUGUCUUUGAAUCAGAUUUCGCGAGUACGGACGAGGAGGCAGCUGCUGGAGAUGUUGAUAUUGAAGAAAAGGCUGCCGAGGAUGAGCAAAGGAGAGCAAGGAGGAGCGCGCGCGUAAGGGUGGAGAAAGCUACCGCUGCUGCUCAUGCUCGCCAGAGGGUCACUUUUCAUCCCCAAACGGAGACUUCAGAGAAGAGACCUAACAAGGAGGCUCAGAAGCUCAAGAGACGUGUAUCUCUUGGUGUCGCGGUUAACGCAGAGACAGGAGAAGUUAUUGAGGGUGGUACGAGGCAACGGCAGAGUCAGAGAUCACAUACAAUCAUGAAUACGUCAGCGACCGUCAACAGAAUGAAGGAUGCAGAAGAGAAGCGGGCCACCAUUCCGAAGAAAGCAAGAGUAGUUACAAAGGCACCGACACAGGAUGAACUUAUCGCGCGGGCCCUCGACACGGAGGAGGGAAAUAUUAUUGAGCAUCGGGAUUAUCUCAAACUGGAAGAAGAGAAACGUGCGCGUGCUCGUGUGGUUCGGACCGCCCUUGAAGGUCCAGUGUUGCGAUGGAUUAGCCGGAAAGAACAAGUGAAAGUUGAAGUCACACCUCCGGUGCCUGCCCCAUAUCCAUCGCAGUACGGUUUCAUCUACAAUCCACAUCAAGGGACUUCGUACUCCGGGACGCAAAAUUACCAGUCGCCCUUCCGUGCAUAUGUUCCAGCGCCGGAAGGUUUGCCCGCGGCAUCACAUGGCUUGGCUGCCACAUCACAACCGCAGUUGUCAACACCAUCUGCGAACACGCCAUCUGCGAACACACCAUCUCAAUCAUCAUAUUAUUAUUACCCCGCGCAACCUCCAGCGCAAGAAAGAGUUGACGACGUUUGCAAGAACUACAUCGUGCACGAGCUAUCCCAAGAUCCAUCUGUAGCUAAACCGCAAUGGAAAGAUACCAUGUCAGCUAUGUUUGGCGACGAGGUCAAAUGGGACGAAGUCCGUGUGUUCACAGGGAAACAACGCCCAUUGAGUCGACCUGUUCGAGCUUGCCCGAUCACUGGGACACCUGCGAAAUAUUUAGACCCGCGAACAAACGUGCCCUUUGCGAACGUUGCCGCAUUCAAAACUCUGACCAGAAUUUUGUCUCACGACUAUGUCUGGAGCGAGGCAUUGGGGUGCUAUGUUACUCGCCAUGAAGAGCUUAACCAUGAUGUUGAUGAGCCUAUGAACGGCACCACGACAAAGUACAGAAGAAUGGACAAUCAAGAUAUGCAAAGCGACGGUACUUAA